CGAACAUGGAAGGCGGAAGAGCUGGUGAAAAGACGGACGAAAGGAAGGACAACGAAGAGCAAGAACAAGGCAAGAAAACGGGAGAGGAAGGAAAAGAGGGGCAGAAGGAGAGAGUGAGGUACAGUGUGGAUUUAACUGUGGAGGUAGUUGUGGAAGGUGUAUUGACUAUGAUGGACCUGCUGAAAGGAAUUCAGAAACAGUGUGGGACAGUGGAUGGGUGCAGGGUGACAGGAGAACAAUACGAAGUAACUAUGAGGACCAUCCUGGGGAAAACGAAACUAAUGGAGGGGCUGAGAGUGAAUGGGGCUGCGGUACACGCUAAAAACAUUAUGAGCACUGAUGCGACCGUCUCUUUCCUGCAUCUGCCUGUUUAUCUGCCUGAUAGAAUAAUAUUAAAUAGGCUUGAGGAGUGGGGAGUUAAGCCCAUCUCGGUCAUUAAAAAAAGAGUGUGGCCAGACUCGGACAUUGCAGACGGCACCCGGUUCCUCAGAGUAAGGUUCAAUAAUAAGGUCCGCUCCCUACCGUACUCCACAAAGUUUGACACGGUGAAAGGGGCGGAGUACUUCCGGGUCCUGCACAAUGGCCAGGUUCCAGUGUGCAGGUUAUGCAUAAAGCCGGGUCAUAUCUACAGGGAAUGCCCAGACUUCAAGUGCUUCAGGUGCAAUGAGCAAGGACAUUAUGCCAAGGAGUGCAGGUAUGGAGCUGAGCGUGCGGAGAGAGAGAGGAGAGAGAGAGAGAAAGAAGACGGGGAAGGCGAGGAGGAAAACGAGGAGGAAGAUGAGGAGGAGGAGGAAGACGACAAGGAGGAGGAGGAAGAGGAGGAGGAGGAGGAGGAGGAGGUAGACGUGGGGGAAGGCGACGAAGCGGAGGGAGCAAAGAAAAGACCCCAUGAGGAGAUCAGCAGUGAGGAUGAAGGUCCAGUGGUGGAGGACAUCUCGGGGGCUUCGGGGAUUGAAGAGGAAGCACCUGACGUUGGAAAGAACAAGAAAAGUGCCAGGCGCGGCGGAGGCGCCGAGGGAAGCAGCAGAAGCGCAGAGGUGAGCAGCAACGAGGGAAAGGAGCAACAGGGUCCGGUGGUGGAGGACAUCUCGGAGGCUUCAGGGAUGGAAGAGGAAGUGCCUGAUGGAGAGGAGGGUACAAUGGGCGCAAUGGUCUUCGGGGGCUCCAAUGGUGGGAGGUCGAGAGGUCGCAGCCAGAGGAGAGGCAGGAAUGAGGAAAGGAGGGCCACAUCGGAGAGUGCCAGGCUGAUGGCUAAGCGAAAAGAGGACAAAGAGAGAGAGUCAGAGAGAAGGAGGGUGAACUUGAAGGGAGGGGGGGCCGGGAAAGGCAUAAGCUGAAGAUGACACUAAUAGCUGGCAUAUUAAUAGCAUCCCUUCUCAUGGCUACUAUAUCAUCAUUUAAUGGCAAUGGUCUAAAAAAUAAGUGCAGAAGACGCCGGGCGCUAAGUCUGUGUGAGGCCAGCAUCAUAUGUCUGCAGGAAACACAUUGGGAUGGGGAGAGUGUGGAUGAGGUUAAA